AUGGAUAACUCGACCUUCCUCAUCUUCGUCAGUGCCUUGAAUAGGUACUUUGAUACCAUUCAAUACAACGACGACAUUUAUGACCAUGAGACGCGUGUGGCGACUCUCCGCCAUGUCUACGCAGAGACUGCCAAGUACUUUGAUCAGCCUGAGCAGAAGGCGGCAAUCGAAGCACAGCCUGCAAGAUUCAAGGCCAUCAUGCGCACCAGCUCUCAAGUUGUGGUGUACUGUUGGCCCAAGUGCUCGCUUGACGUCAUGGUUGCUGUCAGCGUCUACUUUGUUCACAUUGUCCUUCUCGACGACAGCACGAACAACCCAAGCCCUUUGAUGCUGACGUUUGGAAACGACCUCAUCAAGGGUGAGCCACAGAAGCACCCUUUUUGGUCGCUGAUGAAUGCUCACUUGAGCAAGUUCCUCAGCUACUAUGGAGGCUUCUGCUCCCUCGCCAUCCUCAGGAGUACCUUUGAUUACUUCCAAGGGUGUUGGGUGGAACAACACAAUUUCCACGGCUAUCCUGGUUCUGAGUACUUCCCAGGCUUCUUGCGCCGCCUGAACGGGCUUGGAGGCAUUUGUGGCGGAAGCCUGUUCCCUCGCGACGACUUUGAUGAGGAUGCUCUCUUCCCUCAGAUUGCAACUGCUAUUGCCGAGCUGGAAAUUCCCGUCGCCUUCAUCAAUGACCUGAUGUCAUUCUACAAGGAAUAUGGCAACCCGAGAGAUGAGGUGAACUUGGUCUCGAACUGGUGCACAACUGAAGGGCUCUCCAUCUCCGAGUCCUUCGAACGACUUACCAACGAAACCUGCCGCGGCUCCAAGCGCGUGAUGGACGUGUUGAAUGGUCUCAAUGACAAGGACCCCAAGAUCUCCGAGACUAUUCAUGCCUUCAUUCAUGGCUAUGUCACCUGGCAUUUCUGUGAUGAGAGAUUCCGCUUCAAGGAGGCCUAUGAGCGAUGUGGUGACAGCCCCGAGGAGCUCAAAUUCCGCCGGUACUAUGAGAAGGCCAUGGCUAUUGGAACCAUUGACUUUAAGGAAUGGGCUAUGGCGGAGAUGAAUGGGAUCGCUGAUGGAGACACCAAUGGUAUUCAUGAUAUGGAGGCGGAAGAUUUGACCAAUGGUGUUUCGCAUGGGCUGGACAAUGGGGAGCUUCUGAACCUGUAUGCCGCACCAAUGGUGGCCAAGUAA